UCAAAACCCCAGAGUAUUUUUUUUAUUCUUCUGGCAAAGUUUGUGGUUGAAUUUGAAAAAGAAAUCUCAACAAAAAUCCCAAAAUUAAAAUGGUUUUUCAAUCUCUAGUCAAUUCAACAGCAAGGCGUAUACCUUUAAUUAAAUUCCGCAAAGGCGGACUAGGUUUACCCGGUCAGAAGGGUCCCGGAUCACCGGCAGCAGCAGGUUCAUCGGCAAGUAGUACAAACCUCACAAAACCCUCGGGUGCCCAAUCAAGAGGACCAACCAUUGAAGAUUGGGAACUGCCACCAAGAUACUGGAGAAAACCAUUGAGUGCUGCCGAAAUGGAUUAUAUCAAUCGUGGAGGUCCAGCAUAAAUAAAAAACGAAAUUAGCAAUGCAACACUUAAUUUAUUAAUAAAUUACCUAUGAAAUGAAAAAUGAUAA